UUUGCGUCCAUGUCUUAGCUAUUGUGAAUAGUGCUGCUAUGAACAUAGGGGUGCAUGUAUCUUUUUGAAUUAUAGUUUUAUCUGGGUAUAUGCCUAGGAGUGGGAUUGCCAGAUCAUAUGGCAACUCUAUUUUUAGUUUUUUGAGGAACCUCCAUAUUGUUCUCCAUAGUGGCUGCACCAGUCUACAACAGUGUAGGCGAGUUCCCUUUUCUCCACACCCUCUCCAGCAUUCAUAGACUUUUUAAUGCUGGCCAUGCUGACUGAUGUGAGGUGGUACCUCAUUGUAGUUUUGAUCUGCAUUUCUCUAAUAAUUAACAAUGUUGAGCAUCUUUUCAUGUGCCUAUUGGCCAUCUGUGUAUCUUAUUUGGAGAAAUGUCUAUUUAGGUCUUCUGCCCAUUUUUUGAUUAGGUUUUUUGUUUUUUUGUUAUUGAGUUGUAUGAGUUAUUUGUAUAUUUUGGAAAUUAAGCCCUUGUCCGUCACAUUAUUUGCAAAUAUUUUCUCCCAGUCCGUAGGUUGUCUUUUCAUUUUGUUUAUGGUUUCCUUUGCAGUACAAAAGCUUGUAAGUUUGAUUAGGUCCCAUUUGUUUAUUUUUGCUUUUAUUUCUAUUGCUUUGGGAGACUGACCUAAGAACAUUGGUACGAUUUAUGUCAGAGAAUGUUUCGCCUAUGUUUUCUUCUAAGAGUUUUAUGGUGUCAUGUCUUAUAUUUAAGUCUUUAAGCCAUUGAGUUUAUUGUGUGUAUGGUGUGAGGGUGUGUUCUAACUUCAUUGAUUUACAUGCAGCUGUCCAACUUUCCCAGCACCACUUGCUGAAGAGACUGUCUUUUCUCCAUUGUAUAUUCUUGCCUCCUUUGCCUAAGAUUAAUUUACCAUAGGUGUGUGGGUUUAUUUCUGGGCUCUUUAUAGAAUGUGCCCCCCUGAUGUGGAUUGAUCUAAAGUCUGGAACUUUGUUGUUACAUUCCUCAUACGUUGGAGAUAAUCAAUGCACACUACUCUGAUCUUUUGCCUUUCUUCCGUUCUUCCACGUACUUUUUAGCCAUCUUUUUUCUUCUCUAUUCCUUAUUGUUAGACAAGAUCUCUAAAGCUGUAUUACGUAGGCAUUUGUGCCAGAGCAUCAUUUUAUUUUAUUUUUUAUUGAGAUAUAGUUGAUGUACAAUAUUAUGUAAGUUACAUGUAUACAACAUAAUGAUUCACAAUUUUUAAAGGUUAUACUCCAUUUAUAGUUAUUAUAAAAUAUCAGAGCAUCAUUUUAUUGUCCUCUUGGUGAGAUAGUGAUCGAUGCCUCUGGGUUUUCUCACUAAGAAGAAUGUUUGCUCUUGAUUAUUUAAAAACUUCUUCAUGAUGUAUUAAGAGAAAAGACUGCACAUUCUAACCUCUUUGGAGUUUUAUUAGGAAAGGAAGCUGACAUCUGUGGUAAGGAUUAUUCCAUUUUCAUCCAAUAAAUUAGCUGUAAUAAGUCUGCUGAAUUUGAGGGGCCUGCAGUGACGUCACAAGUCACUGUAAGGGGAAUGUUCAAGUUGGAAGAGGAAGAGGGGCAUCCUCUGGGCCAGAUACGGUGGGAGGUGACACCAGGGAGGGCUGGGCUGUGAACAGUCCGGGGACAAAAAGAAUCUUGGUUGGGGAAGAAGAAGAUCUGUACCUGAAGACGAGGAGACUGUUUCUGGGUCGAUGUCCUCAGCGGUGUCAGGGGUAGGGGUCAGUGUCUUCUUUACAGGAUUCCUCUUGGAACUUGGAAUAAUGAUGGGGAGAGUGCACUGUCUUCUCUCUCUUAGGAGCCUGUCCUAUGGAAAGAACAUGAAAAUCCAGCUCAGGGACUUGGCCCAGGAACCCAUGAGACCCUCUCUGUGGACAUCCUAGAACAUCUGUGAUGAACCAGGAAGCCAGGUAGGUGAUCAUUCCCCUUUGCCUCCUCUCUUUCCCUCCCAUCCACUCCUUCAUCCCCCACCUCCUACUGCCAGGACUGCUCCCUAUGGCUCCCUGGACUGCCCCCAAUGUAGCAAAGUUACCCUUAGUCACCCUUCAGCAUGAGAAUGAGAAUUAUCAGACAGAGAACAUCAACAAGGGCCUGCAUCAGUAUCUACCCUUUUCACGGAUGGUGUGACCAAGGCCCUGACAGAGAAGAGACUUGCUCAUAUUAAGAGUGUAUCAGUUAAGAUAGGCUAGUGUAUGCUGCAGUAACAAACAACCUGCGAAGUCCCCGUGGCUUAUGACAACAAAAGUUAUUUCCUGGUCUCCGUUCUUGUCUAAUAUGAAUCGACUGGGGCCUCUAGUCCACACUAUCCUCUUUCCCAGACCCAGGCUAAAGGAACAGCCAAGAUCUGGAAUACUGCUGGCCACUGUGUUAGAGGAAAAGAGAGAACAAGGGCCGGGCUGCUCAUGGACCCCAUUAGCCUCCAGCUGGGCACCGAGAACCUGUACAGAUGUCUCGUGAGGCUGCUCAGCAAAGACCCAGAAUGGCUGAGCGCCAAGGUGAAGUUCUUCCUCCCCAACAUGGACCUGGACUCCGGGGACCAGUCCCCAGACCCCACACAGAGGGUCAUCCAACAACUCAGCAAACUGCACACCCAGGGUCAGAGCACCUGGCAGGAGUUCAUCCACUGCGUGUGCAUGGAGCUGGACGUACCGCUGGACCUGGAGGUGCCGUUGCUGAGCACUUGGGGCCACGGAGACGGCUUCCCCAGGCAGCUGGAAGUUGGCGAGGAAAGCCGACCAGACUCUCAGCUCCACCCUGGCCUCAAGCGGCCUCAUCAGAGCUGUGGGUCCUCACCUUGCCCAAAGCAGUGCAAGAAGCAGCAGCAAGAGCCGGCCAAGAGGUACCUGCAGCUGCUUAAGACUUCUGCCCGGCAGCGCUAUGCUGACAGGACCCCCAGGCCAGGGCAGCCGCUUGCCUUCCCCCAAGCCUACAUCCCUCCAAUCUUGCAAUGGAGCCGGGCCUCAGCACCCUUUGACACUCAGGAGGGGGCCAUUACAGGAGACCCCAAGGCAGAAGAUGGCACCGACGUGAACAUUCGGGACCUCUUCAACACCAAGGCCAACAGGGGCCCAAGAGUGACGGUGCUUCUGGGGCAGGCGGGCAUGGGCAAGACCACGCUGGCCCACCGGCUCUGCCAGAAGUGGGCCGAUGGUCAGCUGGACCGCUUCCAGGCCCUGUUCCUUUUCGAAUUCCGCCAGCUCAAUGUGAUCACAGGUUUCUUGACCCUACCCCAGCUCCUUUUUGAUCUGUACCUGAGGCCUGAGGCUGGCCCCGAGGCUGUCUUCCAGUACCUGAAGGAGAAUGCUAACGGAAUCCUGCUGAUCUUUGAUGGGCUGGACGAGAUCUUCCACCCCUGCUCCAGCAAGGAGACUGCAGGCCCUGAGGACCCAGCAUCAGCCCUCACCCUCUUCUCCCGCCUCUGCCGUGGGACCCUCCUGCCUGGCUGCUGGGUAAUGGCCACCUCCCGUCCGGGGAAGCUGCCCGCCUGCCUGCCCACCGAGGCGGCCACGGUCCACAUGUGGGGCUUUGACGGGCCGCGGGUGGAGGAGUACGUGGGCCUCUUCUUCGGCAACCAGCCAUCCCGGGAGGCAGCCCUAGCAGAGCUGCGGGCAAACAGACGUCUCUGGAGCAUGUGUGCCGUGCCCGCUCUGUGCCGAGUCGCCUGCCUCUGCCUCUACCAUCUGCUCCCCGGCAGCUCUCCAGGCCAGUCUGCGGCCCUCCUGCCCACCAUGACCCAGAGCUACGUGCAGAUGGUGCUAACCCUCAGCCCCCGAGGGUUUCUGCCUGCCGAGUCCCUGCUGGGUCUCGGGGAGGUGGCCCUGCGGGGCCUGGAGACAGGGAAGGUCAUCUUCUCUGCAGGUGACAUCCCUCCACCCGUGAUGGCCUUUGGGGAUGCCCUCGGCCUGAUGACCUCCUCCUGUGUGCGCACGGGGCCCGGGCACCAGGAGACAGGCUAUGCCUUCACCCACCUCAGCCUGCAGGAGUUUUUUGCUGCCCUGCACCUGAUGGCCAGCCCCCAGGUGGACAAAGAUACACUGUCCCAACAUGUCACCCUCACUUCUCGCUGGGUGCAGCGAACCAAGGCUAGACUGGCCCUCUUAGACCACCUUCCCACCUUUCUGGCGGGCCUGGCAUCCUGUGCCUGCCGCCCCUUCCUCAGCCUCCUGGCGCAGCGGGAUGAGGCCUGGGUGGGUACCAAGCAGGCGGCAGUGGUGCAAGCGCUGAGGAAGUUGGCCACCCGCAGGCUCACGGGACCAAAGGUUGUAGAGCUGUGUCACUGUGUGGGUGAGACACAGGCGGCCGAGCUGGCUGGCUUCACAGCCCAGAGCCUCCCCCAUCAAAUGCCCUUCCACAACUUCCCGCUGACCUAUGCCGACCUGGCUGCCCUGAUGAACGUCCUAGGGCACAGGGAUGCCCCCGUCCACCUGGAUUUUGAGGGCUGCCCCAUGGAGCCCCGCUGCCCUGAAGCCCUGGCAGGCUGUGGGCAGGUAGAGAAUCUCAGCUUUAAGAGCAGGAAGUGUGGGGACGCCUUUGCUGAAGCCCUCUCCAGGAGCUUGCCGACAAUGAGGAGCCUGAAGAAGCUGGGGUUAGCAGGAAGUAAGAUCACUGCUCAAGGCAUCAGCCACCUGGUGCAGGCUUUGCCCCUGUGUCCACAGCUGGAAGAGAUCAGUUUUCGGGACAACCAACUCAAGGACUGGGAGGUGCUGAACAUCGUGGAGGUACUGACUUGCCUGCCGCGGCUCCGGAAGCUUGACCUGAGCCUCAGCAACGUCUCCGUGUCAACCCUCCUCUCCUUGACGAACGUGGCGGUCACGUGCCCCACCGUCAGGAUGCUGCAGGUCAGGAAGGCGGACCUCAUCUUCCUUCUCUCCCCACCCACAGAGACGGCUACAGAGCUACACGGAGACCCAGACCUACGGGGAAAUGCCAACCAGAGGAAAGAGGCUCAGAGGAGAAGCCUGGCACUCAGGCUCCAGAAGUGUCAGCUCGGGGUCCAUGAUGUGGAAGUACUCAUAGCCCAGCUCCGGGAAGGUCCACACCUGGAUGAAGUGGACCUCUCAGGGAACCAGCUGGAAGAUGAAGGCUGUCAACUGAUGGCGGAGGCUUCAGCCCAGCUGCACAUCGCCAGGAAGCUGGACCUCAGCAGCAAUGGGCUUUCUCUAGCCGGGGUGUGCCGUGUGCUGAGAGCAGUGAGUACGUGCCGGACCCUGGCAGAGUUACACGUCAGCCUGCUGCACAAAACUGUGGUCCUCAAGUUUGCCCCAGAGCCGGAGGAGCAGGAGGUGACCCAGAAAAGGGCUGCGUUUCCUGAGAGCCUUACGUUCCAGAUGCCCUCUGAUCCGCACCUGUGCGCCCCAAGGAUCAGGCUGACACACUGUACCCUGCAAGCCCAGCACCUAGAGCACCUCUGCAAAGCACUGGGAGGAAGUUGCUGCCUCUGUCACCUGGACUUAUCAGGCAAUGCUCUCGGGGACAAAGGUGCUGCCCUGCUGGCUCAGCUGCUUCCAGGGCUGGGCGCUCUGCAGUCCUUGAACCUCAGUGAGAACGGUUUGUCCCUGGAUGCUGUGUUCAGUUUGACCCAGUGCUUCUCUACUCUGCCGUGGCUUUUGCACUUGGACUUCAGCUCUGAGAGCCAACGCGUCAUCCUGAGAGGUGAUGGAAGAGACAGGGAUCUGUUGGCUGCUGGAUCUUUGCCAGAGUUCCAAGCUGGAGCCCAGUUCUUGGGGUUCGGUCAGCGCCGCAUCUCCAGGAGCUUCUGCCUCAGGGAAUGUCAGCUGGAGCCCUGGAGCCUCUCCCGCCUCUGUGAGACUCUGGAGAAGUGCCCGGGGCCUCUGGAAGUCAAAUUGUUCUGCAAGGUCCUGAGUGACCAGAGCCUGGAGACCCUGCUGCACCACCUACCCCGGCUCCCUGAGCUAAGCCUGCUGCAGCUGAUCGAGAUGGAACUGUCCCCAAGGAGCCCCCUCCUGCUGGCUGACAUCUUCAGCCUGUGCCCGCGGGUUCAGAAGGUGGAUCUCAGGUCCCUGCAUCACGCGACCCUGCACUUCAGGUCUAGCGAGGAGCAGGAAGGCGGGUGCUGUGGCAGAUUCACAGGCUGCGGCCUCAGCCAGGAGCACGUGCAGCCGCUCUGCUGGUUGCUGAGCAAAUGUGAAGACCUCAGCCAGCUGGACCUCUCAGCGAACCUGCUGGGUGAUGCCGGGCUCAGGUGCCUCCUGGAAUGUCUCCCUCAGGUGCCCAUCUCCGGUUCACUUGAUCUAAGUCACAACGGUAUCUCUCAGGAAAGUGUCCUGUGCCUGCUGGAGACUCUCCCCUCCUGCCCACAUGUCCGGGAGGCCUCAGUGAACCUGGGCUCCAAGCAGAGCUUCUGGAUUCACUUCUCCCGACAGGAGGAGGCUAGGAAGACACUGAGGCUGAGCGAGUGCAGCUUCAGGCCACAGCACGUGCCCAGACUGGCCACUGGCCUGAGCCAGGCCCUGUGGCUGACGGAGCUCACGCUGACCCAGUGCUUCCUGGGCCUGGAGCAGCUAACCAUCCUCCUGGGGUUGCUAAAGUGGCCGGCAGGGCUACUCACUCUCAGGGUGGAGGAGCCAUGGGUGGGCAAAGCCGGGGCGCUCACGCUGCUAGAAGUCUGUGCCCAAGCCUCAGGCAACGUCACUGAAAUAAGCAUCUCCGAGACCCAGCAGCAGCUCUGUAUCCAGCUCGAAUUUCCCCAUCAGGAGAACCCAGAAGCCGUGGCCCUCAGGCUGGCUCACUGUGACCUUGGGACCCACCACAGCCUUCUUGCCAGGCAGCUGAUGGAGACCUGCACGCAGCUGCGGCAGCUCAGCUUGUCCCAGGUGAACCUCUGCGAAGCCAGUGCUCUGCUGCUACAAAGCCUCCUGCUGUCCCUCUCUGAGCUGAAGAACUUCCGGCUGACCUCCAGCUGUGUGAGCUCCAAUGGGCUAGCCCACUUGACAUCUGGUCUAAGCCACUGUCACCACCUGGAGGAGCUGGACUUGUCUAACAAUCAACUUGGCGAGGAGGGCACCAAAGUGCUGAUGGGGGCCCUUGAGGGCAAAUGCUGGCUGAAGAGGCUUGACCUCAGCUACCUCCCACUGGGCGGCUCUACCCUGGCUGCACUCACUCAAGGACUAAGCCACAUGACCCUCCUGCAGAGCCUCCGCUUGAGCCACAACCAGAUUGGAGACACCGGUGCCCAGAACUUAGCUGCUGUCCUGCCGGGACUGCCUGAGCUCAGGAAGAUAGACCUCUCGGCGAAUGGCAUCGGCCCAGCAGGAGGAGCGCAGUUGGCGGAGUGUCUCCCGCUUUGUAGGCACCUAGAGGAGCUGAUGCUCGGCUGCAACGCCCUGGGAGACCCCACAGCCCUGGGGCUGGCCAGGGGGCUGCCCCGGCACCUGAGGAUCCUGCACCUGCCAUCCAGCCAUCUUGGCCCAGAGGGGGCGCUGAGCCUGGGCCAGGCCCUGGAUGGAUGCCCACACAUAGAAGAGAUCAGCUUGGCAGAGAACAACCUGGCCAGAGGGGCCCCACAUUUCCAUCUGGGGCUCCCACUGCUCCGGCAGAUCGACCUGGUGUCGUGUGAGAUUGACAACCAGACUGCCAAGCCCCUCACUGCCAGCUUCGUGCUCUGCCCGGCCCUGGAAGAAAUCAUGCUGUCCUGGAAUCUGCUCGGGGAUGAGGCAGCUGCUGAACUGGCCCGGGUCCUGCCGCGGAUGGGCCGGCUGAAGAGAGUGGACCUGGAGAAGAAUCGGAUCACAGCUUAUGGAGCCUGGCUCCUGGCUGAAGGGCUGGCGCAGGGGUCUGGCAUCCAAGUCAUUCGACUCUGGAAUAACCCCAUCCCCCCGGACAUGGUCCAGCGUCUGCAGAGCCAGGAGCCCAGGCUGGACUUUGCUUUCUUCGACAACCAGCCACAGGUCUCUCAGGGCACUUGACGGCUCCCUCGAGACCUUUCGAAUCCAGCCGAGUGAUGCCAACUUCCACCCACCAGGAUAGAGGACUCAGGAAAAUAGCCUCAGCUGGCUGUCCCUGUACCCUGCCCCACGAGGGAGAGACACGUUUUUCCUGCAACAGUCAUUGGGGAAGACUGUUUUGGCAACAAAGAGCCUAGUAUAGCCAACAGACUACCCUACAUCCCACGGGACAUGCAUGACCAGUCAGAAACGUGUAACACAAUGAGCAUGUCAUGGUGUGAUGCGUGACACGGAAGGUCACACGUGACAGCAUUCCAUGUGACAUUGCAUGAAACCUGCAGUGUGGCCUGUGGGUUAAUGUCGUGGGUCUUAGCACUACAUGUGAUUGGUGGUCCGUAUAUAAGACAUGACAUAUGUCCGUGUCAUGUGCCAUGUGGCUGGCCAGAUGCCCUCAGGCAGGUCCAAGAUCUAAUUUAUUGCUUUUUUAAACCAAGUGUGUAUUUAUAAAUUGCAUUUCCAGAGCAGCUCAGCCAGAAAAUGUCUUCCGCCCAGAAUGGGAUGGGGAGAGCAUCCAAGCACUGACCAGCCCAGUGGCCCGAGGGCCAAGGCCGUGGGUCAAGCCGGGGAUUUAGCCAUGAGGCUUCCAGAUGAGUAUCCUCCUGCCUCAAGCCUCAGUUUUCCCAUCUGUGAACUGGAUCACCCACUCUCCCUUAGUUUCCAAGGACUUUAGGCCCAGGUCCAGGUAGAGCCAGCCUGACCUUGGACAAGCCCAGUCCGUGCUGUGUAAGGAAUGAAGCUAGGUCUAAGGGUGCAGGGGGUGGGGACUGCCAAAAUAUUCAGGUAAGGCCACUGGAUCAAGCCACUACCUCAGCAGAAUCUGAGUGAAUUCCCAGGGGCUGCAUGUGUUACACAUUGUUCUCAUUACUUCCAAGAGGGCCAAAGGGUGGCCCUGCUAAACUGUAAGCCAAGUUUGACCAAUAAAUGUGGGUGAUCUUCCAGCCUCUGGCCUGAGUCUGAUGUGUCCCACCACCUUACCAAAGUCAGAAGUGGUUCACCCCCUGCCCUGCAGACUGGAGAGCAGGGCAGACUACAGAGAGAGAUGCUGAGAGGAGCACUGGCCUGGGAGUCAGGAGGCAUGGGGUCAAGUCCAGACUCUGUCUCUAUAUGUGGUCAUGUGAUCGUAGGCAAGUGACGACCUCUCUCCAGAGCUCACCUGCACCAUGAGGGUAUUGUAGAAGCUCAUAGUGUUAGAAACAGUCUUUGUUUGGCUUGCAUUAUAUU